GCGCUGGACAAGCUGUCGGCUCACAUUGCCAGAGUAGUCGCGCAGCAAAUCGCGACGGUUAGCGCGUCAGGCCAAGCUCCACCAGCGGCGUGCAAGCUUGACUUGAAAGGAUAUAUUGAUGGUGAUGGCAUUUUUGACCUCUCGCCACUGAUUGAGAGUGGAAGGGGUUCUUCCGCUGCCGCUACGGGACCAUAUGUCGAAUCCUCGAUUGAGCUGGGGCAGGCCGAGCAGACUCAUGUGGGCAACGAAGUACAGCCUUCUGAGGAUCAUUUCCCGAGACGAAGUAGCCGGCCACGCCGUGCUUUGAACAAUGACUCGGAUUCGGAAUCAUCGAAGCGACGCAAGAUCACAGGUGGACUGAGAUUGCAACGACCAGCUGGAUCAGCAAACCAGAGCAUGUCUCCUGAGCCUGGAGAAAAUGAGCAGGCGCCCGUCCGCCGUCUCCAGGCAGAUGUUCCACAGAAACCACAGAGACGGACUACGAGGGAUGAACCUGCCUUGCGACCUUCUACCUUGAGCAAGUUAAUCGUGGGUAUCUGGGAGCAGGUUUUCAGCAGCAUGAGUUUCGACAUCAGCGUCGUGUCUAGCGAAUGGCGAACUACCGGAUUUAAUGCUCAUCGAUCACUCAUCACGGAUAUGGCUCAGGAAGGUCAACCACCCAGUGCGGUACAAGUGCCGCCAGCUACAGCGCCAGAGAGGACUUUUACCCGGAUGAACUUGUUGUGUAGAAAGAUAAGCCAAGCCAGUCGAUGUUCACGAGCACUCGAAGUUGUUGUUCAGGCUUCGUGGAUCGAGCAUUUCGAUCGUCAGGUGCAGGAGAUUGCAAAAGAGAACCCUCAACUAUCGGCUACGAAGGCAAGGAUGAAAGCGCUUGCCCAAGCGUGUUCUGAGAUUGGUUGGAGUGAAAAGGAGAUUCGGAACAAGAUNNGGCCAUCUGGCGUGGCUAUAAAGAGAUCAAAGAUCACGGAGGAUGGGUAUGUCUGGUUUUUGCAGGAAUGGGCAUAUACAGAUUCUGCAAAUAUCGCAUUGGCUUUGACCCAGAGUCUAUGGCAAUCCUCAGACGGACGCGUGCCAGACCUGCUGACAAUUGUUGGCGACCCUUCCUCUCGCGUCUACACCGGCCACCCCCACGACUGGGUUGUCUCAGACCACGACGAUCCAGUCCCGUUAAAACAAACUUACCUACAGUACGACCCGCAAUUCUCUUUCACACACCUGGACUCCUCCAUUGUGGAUCCGUAUGCCUUUGGCGCCAACGACCCUCGCCAGAUUGCAGUGAAUUCACACCAAGCAGCGCACAUCUGCAGCGUGUGCGGAGAAAAACAAUCAGAAGAUGUGACUGAAAGCACAUGUCGCUGUUUCCCGAACCUUUUCGGCAGUGAUCAUUUACCCAUGGCCCCUGUCCAGAUUUUCCGCACAAAGAAUGGACGCAACAAUGGGCUCAUGGCAUGUUGUCCCUUCGAACGCGGCGUCGCAAUCGGCGAAUUCACCGGCCUCAUCACAAAAGGCCUCGAAGGCAUGGACGUCAUGCAAGCCGAAGCCGAGCAACGCUACCAAAUCUACCAAGGCCGCGAAGGCAACUACACUCGCUUCGUAAACCACUCUUGCCGCCCCAACUCCCAAUUCCAGCGUUUUGUGUGGUUGGGCACGCAAAGAAUUAUACUUGUGAGUAGAGGCAUUGAAGCUGGUCAGGAAAUCACGGUGGAUUAUUCGGAUGCUUAUUGGAGGAACUUGCCAAAGAUUUGUUUGUGUCAGGAGAGUUGUUGUAGGUUUAAGGAUAGGGAGAGGGGGUCACAGAGGCUUGAGACUAUGACUGCUUCGCCUGCUUCU